AUGGAAAAUCAUCCCUUGUUAAAAGAACUUUUAAACUUUUGCAGUACCCAUAAUUUAGAUACCUCAAAAGCUCAUUUAGUUUUUGAAUCUUACAUAGAACUUAUAGAAGAAAAAUCGAAUAGUAAACCAGAAAUUUACAUUCCAAUAUUAUCGCAUGAACAAUUAAGUCCUGAAGAUAUCGACAACUGGAUGAAAAUAUUAAAUACCGAUAAUGAAAAGUAA